UGCACAUUUUGUUGGUUGAAGUUUCGGAGUAAUCGGUUUUUCAGAGUGGAAAAAACUGUGUUAUCAUGGGACUGUUUUCACGACUGAAGAAAGCCUGCAAAGUGGAGCGUGUAGACGCACCCCAAACCUGUGUGCUGCUCAAAUACACGACCAUCACGGCGGAAAACCACGGGCAUCCUCACCCUCUUGAUGAGACGCCUGGUGGUGCUGAUGAGAUCGUUGAUAGGGAAAGGGAGGCAGGGAGACGAGAGAGAAUUAAGAAGAGGUUUUGUAGAGCUUUUCUUAAUCUCUUUCGCCUAAGAACUGGAAAAUACGACCUGGCUAAGUCUGAGAAAGUGUACCGAAGUGAGGCGGGGUCGUAUCGGGGACUUACCGAUGGUAAAAUCACAUAUGAUGAUAGAGAUCAGACUUCUCUACAACACAUCCCUGUUGUAGAGAUCCAUGAUCAUCAAGAAGCUCAUGCUUCUGAGGUCCUCCCAGCUUUAGAGAAACACCUGGAGCAGGAUGUUCCUAAACCUCAGGGUGUCCCUCAAUCUCAGGACGUCCCUCAACCUCAGGGUGUCCCUCAAUCUCAGGACGUCCCUCAACCUCAGGGUGUCCCUCAAUCUCAGGACAUCCCUCAACCUCAGGAAAUCCACACUCCAGUCGGUUUGACUGAAGAGGACAUAGUGGAAGCGCUGGUCAAGGAUCAGUCAUCUCCACAGCACAUUAUAGACAUCUGUGAUCUUCAUGAAGCUCCAGUCUCUGAAGUCCUCAUCGCUGAGGAUCAGAUGGAGCAGGACGUCCUCCAACAUCAGGACGUCGAUGCUCCAGUAAGUUCUGCUGAAGAUGACAAAGCAGAACUGGUCAAGGACCAGAUUUCUCUACAGCAAAUUGUAGAGAUUCAUGAUCAUGGAGAAGCUCCAGUCUCUGAAGUCCUCCCUGCUGCUGAGGAUCAGCUUGAGCAGGGCGUCCUCCAACAUCAGGACAUCGAUGCUCCAGUAAAUUCUGCUGAAGAUGACAAAGCAGAACUGGUCAAGGACCAGUCUUCUCUACAACAAAUUGUAGAGAUUCAUGAUCAUGGAGAAGCUCCAGUCUCUGAAGUCCUCCCUGCUGCUGAGGAGGGCGUCCUCCAACCUCAGGACGUCCACACUCCAGCUAGCUCCUCUGAAGAUGAUGAAGCAGAGGAGCCGGAGAACAACCACAUUUUCUGGCGAUAUGAAUUUGGCUCCAAGCUGGGUGAAGGAAGCAACAGCCACAUACAUGCAGGGACUCGCUGCAAGGAUGGCCUUAAGGUGGCUGUGAAAAUUGCUGAAAAGACUCCAAAUAUGCCAUAUUUAAGAGUUCCUGGUCAUCCCAAACACCUUCCCAUGGAGAUCGGCCUGACACUCAUGGCUAAUAAGGGCCCCCGUGUUCCACAGAUAAUUAAGCUGCUGGACUGGCAGGAUGACCCGGACCACUAUGUCAUGGUCUUUGAGCGGCCCGUGCCAAGCAUGAGCAUGUUUAGUUUUGUGAAGCUCCAACGAAGGCUCAAUGAAGAGAUGGCACGAAAUGUUAUGUCUCAGGUCAUUCAUGCCUCUAAGAUUUGCUGCGAGCGUGGAGUCUUCCAUCGAGAUAUAAAACUGGAGAACCUCAUAGUGAACCCCGACACGUUGGAGGUCAAGUUGAUCGACUUCGGGUGCGGCACGCUCAUGAAGGAUUCUGCCUACGUGGCCUUCAAUGGCACAGAAAUUUUCUGUCCACCGGAGUUUGAUGUCGACGGAAGGUACCAUGCAAAGCCGGCGACAGUUUGGUCAUUAGGGAUCCUGCUGUUUGUGAUGGUGUGCGGGUAUUUUCCAGAAGACAAAGACCUGCACAUGAUCAGUAAGAACGUUCAGUCCAACCCUGACCUGUCAAAAGAGUGCUGCCAGAUGAUUUGCUCUUGCCUGCAGCAUGAUCCACAGCAGAGACUUAUUCUGGAGGAGAUGCUGCUUCAUGACUGGUUUAUGGUACUAAGAGUCUAAGAUUUGCUAAAUGUUUUUCUUCUCUUCUUCUUCUUCUUCAUACAAUCAUUUUAAACAUUUAAAAGUCAAGUUUGCUCUAAAUGUAAUGUAUUUUGAUUAAUAACACUGAUUUAUGUUUCAGGUUCUGUAAGACAUGGGAAACAACCAAAAACGACUCCCUGUCAGGACCACUGUGUUGUUUUCUGUCUCCAGUCAGCUUUGUGUCCAGCAGACUGACAUGAGUGGCCUUUCCAUCCCUUGAAGCAGCAUUAUUUAUAUUUAUCAUUUGUUUUAGUUAUUUGUAUUGAGUAUUAAGAAUCAUUUUUAUGAGAAAAAAGUAUUAAAAUAUUAAGUAUAAAUAAUACAUUUGUCUUAAGAUAUUGUCACGGUUGGUAAAACCGUCGUCUCUGUUGAUCACUAUGUGCGUGGAGUUUUUGUUGUGUCUCUCGUCUGCACUGAUCCUUUCAAACGGGCGUCUCUGUUCAUCAGCCUCAGCUGCCACUCAUUAUCUGCUCCCUAUUUAUUGCCCUGUCUUUCGGUUUGUUUGACAGAUUGUUGUUUGAAGCUCCCUGUUACAUGCCUG